GGCGAGCCUGGCUCCUGCGGCCCCACCGUGCAGGACUGCUGGCCGCGGACGGAACCGGGCCGGGCCCGCUGGGCUGCCGCGGGGCGAUCGGGCCGGGCUGCGGCGGCGUCAUGGGCUCUCGAGUGCACCCUGGGGUCCUGCCCUGUUGAGCCAAUCAGCCACUCAUCCACCACCGGAGCUGCUCGCCGCGGGAGCGGGAGCUUUGCCCGCAUCUCGACCAUGUCUAUCGUGGACCACAGCCCCACCACGGGCGUGGUCACGGUCAUCGUCAUCCUCAUCGCCAUCGCCGCCCUGGGCGCCCUCAUCCUGGGCUGCUGGUGCUACCUGCGUCUGCAGCGCGUCAGCCAGUCGGAGGAUGAGGAGAGCAUUGUGGGCGACGGGGAGACCAAGGAGCCCUUCCUGCUGGUGCAGUACUCGGCCAAGGGACCGUGUGUGGAGCGCAAGGCCAAGCUGACACCCAACGGCCCAGAAGCGCACGGCUGAGCUGGUGGGAUGCAGAAGGGGGGAGCCUGCUGGCCUGGCUCCCCCCCCCCAGCUCCCCGCAACCCUCGUCUUCCGCAUGGACCGAGCCCCGGCUCCCCCCCACCCUCCGUGGCCUCCCAUUGCAGGCGGUGGGCAGGCCCGAGCGGGCGCUGUUUCUGGUUACUUGAAUGUCUCGCUGAGCCCGUUUUCCGUGGCGCCACUACUGUAACGCGUGAAACUGUAAAUAGGUCCCCGGUGCACGUGCUUUAAUGCCUUUUGGUGUUUGGGGUGCUCAGACCACAGAAGGCACGCAGGACCCGCUGCCCGCCGUGCUCAUGAAGCCGAUUGCAGCUGCCCCUAGCAUCCCUUGCAACGAACGCCCUGUCCUGGCUUGGAAGAGGGCACGCGGCUCCAGUGAUGGCUGUUUGGCAAAGCAGUGGAUGGAAGCGCCGCGCUGACAUCCCGCGUUCUCUGGAAACGGGGCUCACCCGGGCCCCAGCGAUUGCUGGGAAGCCACGGCAGCUGGCCUGGAAGCCGGUGAGGGACAUGCUGUCCUGAGGCUGCCAGGUUGGGCUGGUGGUGGAGCAGUCAGUCCCCAAGGGCACCUCGUCUGUCCCCCCCACUCCGCCUGCUUUGGGAGGGGGUACAGGCUCUGCUCUCCUGUUACCAGCUCUGCACAGAAAAAGCCUUCGCAUGGCUGCUGGUUUGAGCCAAAAAGCCACUGACCCGGUGGAGAGGCAGCAAGUGGUCGGUGUCAGUGGUUUCGUCUUUUCUGCACUGGACGGGGAGGGCGUGGGGGUCAGGAAGACCCUCCCUCCCCCCUUCCCUUUUCACUAAGAACUUCCUUUCACCUGGGCAUCCUGUCGUCCGGUGGAAACCUAGGGGCUGUGAGUACCGUGGCUUGUGGCUUUGAGAUUCCCCGUUUCCUGUGUCACAGCUGUGCUGGGAGGGAGGGGGCCCUGGGGAUGAUUGAUGGCUGGAGGUCGGAGGACUCUGGUUCAAAGCUGCUCAGCUUUGACUCGGCAUCUCCUGCCCAUGAGUCUGUCCCAACAGUCCAGAUGAGAUCGUGGGUUGCCCCUGUCCCCACUGCCCCCCACUCGUCAGCCCUCCAGGCCCCUCCCUUCAGCUCUACCACCAGCAUGUUUCAGCGCUGCUCCAAAGAUUCCUGUAGAACCUGAAGUGGGAAUCAAACAUGAGUCAUUUCAGGGGGAGAGGCAGAGGGGCAGCCCAGGCUUUGUAUGUGUGUUGGGGAGACGUAGAAAGC